AUGGACCCCAAGGACCGCAAGAAGAUCCAAUUCUCUGUGCCCGCGCCCCCCAGUCAGCUCGACCCCCGCCAGGUGGAGAUGAUCCGGCGCCGGAGACCAACCCCUGCCAUGCUGUUCCGGCUCUCAGAGCAUUCUUCUCCAGAGGAGGAGGCCUCCCCGCACCAGAGAACCUCUGGAGAGGGGCACCACCCGAAGUCGAAGAGACCCAACCCCUGUGCCUACACUCCCCCAUCACUGAAAGCUGUGCAACGCAUUGCGGAGUCACACCUGCAGACCAUCAGCAACCUGGGCGAGAACCAGGCCUCGGAGGAGGAGGAUGAGUUAGGGGAGCUUCGGGAGCUGGGGUACCCAAGAGAGGAUGAUGAAGAAGAGGAGGAUGAGGAUGAAGAGGAGGAUGAAGAGGAAGACAGCCAGGCAGAAGUCCUGAAAGGCAGCAGGGGAACUGUGGGGCAGAAGCUAACUUAUGGCCAGGGUCUGGAGGGGCCCUGGGAGCGCCCGCCUCCUCUGGAUGAGCCCCAGAGAGAUGGAAACUCUGAGGACCAAGUGGAAGACAGAGCAGUGCUAAGUGAGCCCGGGGAGGAGCCUCAGCGCCCUACCCCUCCUGAGCCUGGCACAUAA